CAGCAAAACCGAGCAUUAUAGGAAGCAAAAUUGAAUAGUGAAGUACGUUUGGUGUAAUUUUUUGCAAUUUCUCGCCAUUUCGUCAUCAGGAGAAUACUAAAUUCCUAGUUAAUUUUUAGAUAAAUAUUUUAGGUGUAGAUAAUAUUGUAGUAAAUAACCGAGUCCAGGAAAGGACGGUUAAAAUGUUGGAUUUGUUUACCAUUUUUACUAAGGGCGGGAUUGUCCUUUGGUGCUUCCGAGGCACCAACCAACUAUUUGCGCCGCCAGUUAAUGCACUCAUUCGGAGCGUGAUUUUACAGGAACGUUCCGGAAUUUAUGAUCACGAUGGCCUCUCCCUUCAAUACAAGUUGGACAACGAGUUCGAGUUGAUCUUUGUUGUUGCAUUCCAAAAAAUACUUCAAUUGUCAUACAUCGAUAAGUUUCUAAGUGAUGUGCACCUGGAAUUUCGCGAUAAAUAUAAGAAUGAUUUGCGGGUAGAGAACCGGAACUACACGAGCUAUCAAUUCCAGGAUGAGUUUACCAGGAUUUUGGAUCAAGCGGAAAAAUGGGGUAAACUUCAAGCGACAUUGCCGAAGCAAAUGCGCAGCUACGAGGAGUCCCAUAAAUCGAAGAAAACGGUCUCAUCUAUGAUUGAGCGUAAGGGUGAGGAGAAACCGGUGACAGGAGGAAAGAAAUCAGUUAAGAUUGUAGAGAACAAAAAACAGCAGGAAGAGAAUAUACCUCCUGUUCAGUUGAAUGGUACAAACGAUGAUCUGAUCAUGGAAAAUCGUAAGAGGUUGAUGGGAAAAAUGAAUAAGAAAAACAAGGGAGAUAAGCCGAAGUCGCCGAAAUCUCCUCCGCAGAAGUCUGGUAAACAGAUGCGUGUUUGGGAUUUGGGUGGAAAUGUAAAAGAUUUGCCCAAUUUGGACCGCUGCAAGGAUAAACCUGAGGAUAUUCGUAGUGACUUCACGCCUAGUAACGAAAUGAUUGGAACUAUGAAAGGAGGUAUACAAGACCUGGAAGUUGAAAGCGACGACGAUUACUCGGAAGAAGAAGAUGAUGAGGUUCAACAAUAUGCAAGUCGUCCUAGCGUCCCGACUACCAAAAAAACGGGAGGAAUGUUAUCCCUUUUCAAGGGUUUGGUAGGAUCGAAGAAUCUUACUCGUAGCGACAUGCAAUCAGCUUUGGAUAAACUUCGUGAUCAUUUGAUAUCGAAGAAUGUGGCAGCGGACAUUUCACAAAAACUGUGCGAAUCAGUUGCAGUCAAAUUGGAAGGGAAAGUUCUCGGAACAUUCGACACUAUCACUGCUACAGUGAAGAACACAUUGACAGAUGCUCUAGUGCAGAUUCUGUCGCCAAAGCGUCGUGUUGAUAUACUGCGUGAUUGUCUUGAGGCGAAGAAGAACAGACGGCCAUAUGUUAUGAGUUUUUGUGGCGUAAACGGCGUUGGAAAAUCUACAAAUCUGGCUAAAAUCUGUUUUUGGUUGAUUGAAAAUAAUCUCAACGUGCUAAUUGCGGCUUGCGAUACGUUCCGUGCUGGAGCUGUAGAGCAGUUGCGCACCCACACAAGACACUUGAAUGCGCUUCAUCCUGCGGAGAAACACGCUGGUCGUGAAAUGGUGCAGCUGUAUGAGAAAGGCUAUGGAAAGGAUGCUGCAGGAAUUGCUAUGGAAGCAAUCAGAUAUGCCAAGGAUGUUGCUGUUGAUGUUGUUCUGAUCGAUACAGCUGGACGAAUGCAAGACAAUGAGCCGCUGAUGAGAGCACUAGCGAAAUUGAUAAAGGUUAACGAACCAGAUUUGGUUCUGUUCGUAGGCGAAGCUCUUGUUGGAAACGAAGCCGUUGAUCAGUUGGUAAAAUUCAACCAAGCGCUGGCCGAUUACUCUGCCAACGAUAACCCCCACAUUAUCGAUGGAAUUGUUUUAACUAAAUUUGACACUAUCGACGAUAAGGUGGGCGCUGCAAUAUCUAUGACUUACAUUACCGGGCAGCCGAUUGUAUUUGUGGGCACAGGACAAACUUACACCGAUUUGAAGAAGCUUAACGCAAAGGCCGUUGUACAUGCCUUGAUGAAGUAAAACUCCCACAUUUCUCUAAAAUGGAACUAUUGUUGUGCUAGAGAGCUACUUAGGCUAUUAUAUUCAUUUCCCCACAUUGAAUCCUAUUUGGAUAUCAAUACUAUUCCGGCUAGUCACAUAGGAAAAGGGAUCUGGACUUUCGUUAUUGGCAGCUUAGCGCGAGCCGUUCGAGUUGUGCAUGUUCUUUACGAGAAAUUUAUGUAACAUUACCAUUAUUCGUGUAUUUGUUUGAUUAUUGCAUUUUAUCAUUUUUGUUAUUCCUACUUUAAUAUCGGGAAUCGUGGACCAAGAGGUAUAAAGGUAAUUUGUCCAAUCAAGAUAAAGAGAGCUCUGUGUAUUAGACCAUUUUUAAAGAGUU